AUAAUGUCCACACUCAGAGCUACACUCGUCGUCAUUCAAGCCCUGUUCACGCAGAUCGCCACUACGCCACCGAACAAAACCCCCUCUAAGGGCCGGUACCACACGGACGAGUGGUUCAUCCUACGUGUGGCCCCAUUCAUAUUCGCGCUUCAGCAGCCUUUCAUCUGGCUCUGCACAUCGCUUGAGGUCCUCGCACUGUUUCCGCCCGAUUAUAUCCCCUUUCUCUCUCUUCUUCAUCUCCCUCCUCGCUCCGAAGCACAUUCAUUCGUGACACUACCCUUCCUAGUGGGCUUUGCAGCAGCAAUAACCGGCUCUAUUAUUCGCGCUAUCUGCUUCCGAACUCUGGGCCACCUGUUUACAUUCGACCUGACAGUUUUUGAAGGCCACAAACUCGUGACCUCCGGUCCGUACGCCUAUGUCCGACAUCCGAGUUACUGCGGAUCCCUUCUACUCGUUUUCGGGAUACCUGUCUCGCAACUUACCCGCGGCAGCUUUCUCGUGGAAAGCGGCCUACUGAACCCCCGUGGCCUUUUCGUCAUCACAAUGUGGGCAUCGUGGUGGGCAUGGAGUGUCACGGUCGCUGUUCGUCGCGCAAUCGCAGAGGACCAGGAGAUGAAGAAGCAGUUCGGAAAGGAGUGGGAAGUAUAUGCGGCGAAAGUGCGCUGGUGGUUUAUGCCGGCACUCUUGUGACCGUCGUGAUCGUGGAUACAAUAGCCCGUGAGCCUUGCCUAUUCUAAAGGCUACCAUGUGAUCAUUAGACUAGCGCCUGCGUGUACCUCAUCUUGACGAUAUCUAGAGGAUGUAUGUCGUG